GAUGUCGAAAGUUCGCCAAGUUUCUCCUUCGGAACGCUCACGUCGUGAUGGGUUCAAGAAACACUGCUGAUGGAGUAGCGGACAAGAAAUUAAAUGUACGACAAUGAGAAAGAGCUCAAUUAUUUCUGUGGAUUAUUCUACACAGGAGAAUCACAGUAUCUGAACACCCACAAGUCUUACACUAGUUACUACCCAACUCGAAUGAUGUCGAAGUUCGCCAAGUUUCUCCUUCGGAACGCUCACGUUGUGAUGCGUUCAAUAAAGUCGAAUACCGCAGCCACUCCUCCGACCGCAGCAGCAACGGCAGAAGCAGCAGCAUCCUCCAUUAAAGUGUCACUGCUCGAAUCCCCGCAUCUCCUUUCCCUUUUCUUGGACAACACCGCUCCUCUUACUAGGAUGUCGGUACGCGGCGGGGGUUUGUUUGGGAGAGCCGAGGCCAGAGGACGCCGCCUCCGCGUAUUUUUUCUGGCGUGACUGGAAGGCAGCGGAGCGACAAUGGAUCUGGUUCCGAGGAGACAAAUCAAAUUCUGAUUUUUCUCCGGGAUUAGCUGGCUAAGGCUAGCUCGGCUAGCCACCCCUCUUAGCUCGGUGGCCGUUAUCUCCUGUUCCUCCUCUGACCGCUGUGCUGUUUUCCUCCGUGAUAAAAAACAACAACUCCUUAAUGCUUUUUUAUUGACGUGAAGACAUGUUGGAGUCAUUCCUGCCAAGGAGAAACCAUCCUAGCGGUUUUCUAGCCACCCAGCGGUGCCGCUAGUUAGCCGUGAGCAUCUAUAACCUUCAUAUCCCCCUCCCACUCGUUUUUUUAAAUCCUUUUUUAUUUUUCCUCUGGUUUAUCCGUGAAGAUGCUGGCAGAGAUGGAGUGUGUCUGACGGGGAAGCCGCUCCAUGAAGGUCAUGAUACUGAGAGAAUGAUCAUGCUGGAAAAACAGAGCUCGACGCAGGAGAUCGGCGAGGAGGCGGAGGAGGAUGCCAUCUUCACCAUCACCCUGAGGAAGAUGCAGCUCCACCAGUCGGCCAGCAAGGGGCAGCGUUGGCUGGGUGUGGACACGGACUCCGCCCUGAGCCUCUACGAGACGUGCAAGGUGCGGACCAUCAAGGCCGGCACGCUGGAGAGGCUGGUGGAGUACAUGGUGUCGGCCUUCAGGGGCAAAGACUCCACCUACGUCACCAUCUUCCUCUGCACCUACCGAUCCUUCGCCACCACCAAGCAGGUCCUGGAUCUCCUGCUCAACAGAUAUGCCAAACUCCAAAACGUUCCUGCAGUUUCUGCACACAGAGUCUCCCAGGACGACUGCACGGAGCUGAGAAACACCGUCUCGUCCAUCCUGGGUGCGUGGUUGGACCAGUACUCCGAGGAUUUCUGGAGCCCUCCGAACUACGAAUGUCUGCACCAGCUCCUGGCCUACCUCCACCUCCACUUCCCCGGGUCGGACCUGGAGCGCCGCGCCCGCAACCUGCUGGCCCACUUCCACCGCCGACAGCAGUGUGAGCCCGAUUCCGAUGGGGAACACAUUGGCUGCCCCUUCGCCACGCAGGAAGAGAGCGGUUUUGAGGACGAGCUUCCUGCUUUCAGUUUCCUGUCGUUUGACCCCAUCAUGGUGGCGGAGCAGUUCACGCUCAUGGACGCGGAUCUGUUCAAGAAGGUGGUGCCGUACCACUGCCUCGGUGGCAUUUGGUCUCAGCGGGACAAGAAGGGCAAGGAGCACCUGGCUCCCACCAUCCGAGCCACUGUGGCCCAGUUCAACUCGGUGACCAACUGUGUGAUCACCACCUGCCUGAGCAACCCGGCGCUGAAGCCCAACCAGAGAGCCCGGCUCAUCGAGAGGUGGAUCGAUGUGGCGCGGGAAUGUCGGAUCUUGAAGAACUUCUCCUCUUUGCGAGCGAUCCUCUCUGCCCUGCAGUGCAACUCCAUCCACCGCCUGAAGAGGACCUGGGACGAAGUUGCUCGGGAAAGCGUCAGAACCUUCAGAGAGCUUUCUGAAAUCUUCUCAGACGACAAUAACUAUUCCUUGAGUCGAGAGCUGCUGGUGAAGGAGGGAACCUCAAAGUUUGCAACUUUAGAAAUCAACCCCAAACGAGCUCAGAGGAGACACCAGCAGCAGAGAGACUUGGGAGUCAUGCAGGGGACCAUCCCUUAUUUGGGAACAUUCCUAACGGACCUGGUGAUGAUGGACACUGCCAUGAAGGAUUACACAGAGGGUGGUCUGAUUAACUUUGAGAAGAGGAGAAAGGAAUUUGAGGUUAUUGCUCAGAUCAAACUUCUCCAGUUGGCCUCCAACAACUACAGCUUCACUCAGGAAAGCCACUUCAGAGAGUGGUUCGCAGCCGUGGAGAAACUCAGCGAGGCAGAAAGCUAUAAUCUGUCCUGUGAGAUCGAGCCGCUGUCGGAGUCGGCCAGCAACACCCUCAGAGCCAAGAAGAACGGCGGGAUCAUGAAACGAUGGAGCGACCGGCAGCUGACGGAGGCCGGCUGCAGUGGCGGCGCCGGCUCCCAUUCAAAGUCGUUCGAUCACUCCCACUACAGGCCGUACCAGGGGGGCGGCGGGGACAGCGGCGACGCCCUCAGCGUCACGUCCGUCAGCUCCAGCGGCUCCGACCUGGAGGACGUGAACACCAGCUUUCUAUCGGAUUCACCGGAGGGACAUGAGAGGAAGACGUCGACUCCGUCGGUGAAACUCACCGUGUCUGCUUUGGGGAGAGAAGCUCCAGCUGCAGACACGACCUCAACGUGUCCCCCUCAGUUCUGGGAAUGCACGUCUCUGUCCUCCCUGGACACGUCAGGGAUGGGAUCCAGCUCUGGCUCGGCCUCGGGCUCCAGCAGCACCUCCUCGUCUUCUGUCUCCUCCUCCACGCCGCUGUCCGCCUCGCGCUCGCACAAACGCUCGGUGUCGGCCGUGUCCAACUACUCUACGCUGUCGCUGCCGCUCUACAACCAGCAGGUGGACGACUGCUGCAUCAUCCGGGUCUCGCUGGACGUGGAGAACGGCAACAUGUACAAGAGCAUCCUGGUGACGAGUCAAGACAAAACUCCGGCGGUGAUCAGGAAGGCGAUGAUCAAACACAACCUGGAGCGGGAGAAAACGGAGGACUACGAGCUGAUGCAGAAGAUCUCAGAGGACAAAGAGCUCCGGAUCCCAGACAACGCCAAUGUCUUCUACGCCAUGAACUCCACUGCCAACUACGAUUUUGUGCUGAAGAAGCGCGGCUCGGCCCGGCCGGUGCGGGCCAAGAAUGUGGCCAGUUCGACGCUGCCUCGCAUGAAACAGAAGGGACUGAAGAUUGCAAAAGGGAUUUUCUGAGACUCUUCAGGAGAGACGAACCAACCCGACCCGAAGCGUCCAGGUUUUGGUUUGGAUAGAGGCGGAGACGGGACUUUUCUGUGGCACUUUAGCACUUAACCGGAUGUGUUAAUUCUUCAGGACCCUCCUUAAAAAAAUCUGAGUUUGUUUUCAUGAAAGCUGCAAACUCAGGAAAGUGGAGGGGAAAAAAAAAACCUUCGCUUUAGACGAUACUUGGGCUCUUCAUCACCCUCCGCCUGGUUCAGAUGAAACAUUCGAACCUCCUGAUGUGUCACAUUUUGUUUACAAGCGUUUACAUCUCGGCGUCGGCGAGGGGAAUCUUUGCACCUUCACUUUUUAAUUCUUGGGUCAAACUUUUCUGCCAUCUUCCCAGAACCGACGGAUCACUAUAGAGCGAUUUGGUCUGGAUUUUACAGCAGAAUGUGGAGGAAGAGACGCUCGUCUGAACGCUGCAGUGUUCACAAAAAAGAGAAAAUGGUGUCAAAAUCCAGUGAACACAGCCAUAAAUCUCACGCCUCUGUUUCCGUCUUUUAUUACCAGAUUGUAACCACUACAUGUUGGAGGAUGCCGCCGCAGAGCGAUCACACUUCACACAGACUGAACAGAGUGUAAAUAUGAACAACACAGUCUGUGCAGUAUAUUGUUCCGAAAAAGGACCCUGUGAUUUUUGUUAAUAGACUCAUGAUAUCAACACUUUUUAAUCUUUUUAUUUUGCUUUGUGUGUUUGUUUUUUUGCACCUCGGAUACGGUGUCGUUUCUUCAUAAUUUCCCUUUCUUCCUCGUCCAGACCACCGAUAGGCGCCAUGUUGGGAAAAAAAACAAAACAAGCAUCAGCUUUAAAAAAGUGAAUUUGGACCUUAAUAAAAAUAAACAAGUUUGAAAUUAUGGAAAUCCAGAAAUGCCAAAAAUAAGUAAACAAAUAGAAAACAUAUUUUAACGCUUGAUCACUUAAAAUAAAAAGAGGUCCAUUUUAUUAUUUUAAUGAGUCAAUCCACUGUGACCUGUCAAAUAGACCCAUAAUCAGCUUGACUAUGGCCUUUUUAGCUCUGCCAACUGCCUGAAUCAGAACUAUAAAAUAAUUGUAUUAAAAAGUUUAGAAAUUUGAUCAUUUAAUUGCUGAAAAGUUAAAAUAACUGCACAUCAGUUUUCUUGUUAAUUUUAACAUUUAUAUUUCUACUUGUACUUAAAUAGUCAUAUCUAAACAUUUAACACCUCCUUAAUUUAUUAAAUUGUGGCACUUUUGGCCUUUCGUACAAAUGCUUCCUGUUAGUGAAUUCUACACAAAAGUUAAAUGAUUUUGGGCAAACCUAAAAAUAGGGGAAAAAAGUGUGAAAAAAUGUGUUAAGGACAAGAAAUGCAACCAAAUUUAGCUCAAUAUUUUCAUUCAAGUUUUCUAAUUUUCCAUAUUCUAACAACUAUUUAAUGAUUUAUUAAGGUCAGCAAAAGUGAAAAGACAUCAGUUAUAUUUUAAAAAAUUUUUUGAAUGUGGAUCUAAAGUUUGCAUAAUUUAUUCAUCUUGACAUUAUUGAUCUGAAUAAUCAAAACUGGUGUGAAAACCCUGGAGAAGCAUCAACAUAUUUUAUAUUUACUAACGAUGAUCGGAUUAUUUUCCUGAGAAUCCUCAAACAUUGCCCAGGUUUCGUUUUAUUUCUUCCAACAUGGCGGCUCAAGCUUUCAUAUCCGUUCAGCGACAACUUUCCAAAUGUGCUGCAGAUUUAUCCUGCAGGACACUUAAAGCUUCGGUUUCUCUGAAUCCAGACGAAUCGCUGGAUUUCCAUGCACGGAAACUUCAAAACGAUGCAACGUUUCAGCCGUUAGAUGAAUGUGAAUCCAAGAGGAGCGACGGUGACGGAAAAAUCCAAACUGCCGCUCUUCUUUUUUGUGUUUUCCUCCCAUGAAAACCGCGUUGUUCUUUUCAGCUUCCUUUCAGUCUUUGUUGUUUUAUAACCCCUAAGACAUCUCUUUCCACCGCAUCUGCACUGUUAUAAUUUGGUGCCAAGCAUUCUGGGAAUUGUAGUAAAGCACUAAAAACCCUGAGAGAACACUAAGUCCAGUUUGCCCUGCCUUUUUUUGUCGACUAUAUUUGUGCACCGUCAACUUUAACAAAUUCACUAACAAACACACUGCAGAAGCAAUACGUUGAUGAGCGGCAGGCAGGAUGCGUUCGAUGUCGUCGUGAAGCACUGUGACCUUUGCCCCUUUCCGCCUGUCGAUUGGCACUGUGAACCAUUUAUUGUUGUGAUGAUCGUUCGCUUGUAUUGUCCGCGAAGGCAGCAGCACUGUGUGCCAAAAACAAGGGAAACCGUGGAAGCAUCUGCCUUUCAGUGUCACAGCGGGAGGGAGAAAUUAUUCAGCUUUUGUGUUUACUGUUUACUUUGGGGGAGAACACUGAGGAGGAAAAAACACGUUUGGACCCAUUUAGUUUCACUUUGUUUGUCCGGGAAACUUGAAGAAAGCUGAAAUUGAUGCAGAAACUGAACUUUAAGGAAUUUAUCCAGCAGAAUUUUUAGAUUUUUAAGUUGUUAUUUGUUUAAUUUUCUCUAAUUAAACAAAUAAGGUCGGAUGGAGAAACCCAAUAACGUAAAAAAAUGUAUAUUGAAUUGUGCCACUUUUGGCCUCCAUAUAAAAUGCCUUCCUUUAGAAUUAAAUCUAAAAGUUAUAGCUAAAAGUAAAAGAUUUUAAACAUUGACGUGUUAAAAAAUGUUCCAAUUUCAGGAAAAAUGAUCCAAAAAUACUGUUGCUCAAUAAAAAGAACCAAAUUGAUCAGUUUUUAUUCAAGUUUCCUGUUCUAUUCUGACUAAUGAUUUAAUAAGAAAAUGUGACAAAAAAUAUCUCAACUAUAAGAAAUUUUCUUGUUUAAUUUCAACACUUGUCUGAAAUAAACUAAAAACUUCUUGACUAUUAAUCUUCCUAAAUUCUCCUCAAACAAUUUGAGUUUUUGUUUCUCCAGCAGUUUUUCCCAGAAAGCGUCCGAAGUGUUUCCGACCGUGGAUGGACCGUGUGUGUAUGUAUGUGUGUGUGUCGUCGUCGCCCUUGUUGAAAAUGGAUUUUGUGAUUCUAUGCGAGUUUGAAAACAAAAAAUGAAUAAAUAAAAAUAAUGACUCAGUUUUACAUGAAGAAGGAAAAAAACAAUUGAAACAGGUGUGAUGUGGUUGUUUUUGUUCAUUUUGUUUUUGUUUUUUUCUGGUGCCAUUUUUCCACUUUUAACUGAAGGAUUUCAAGAUUUUCUUACAGCAAUUUUCUUUUGUCUUUUUUUUUUCUUCUUGUGAACAAAAAGCCCUUGUGUUGACAAACUGUUUUUGGUUAUGUUUUAUUUAUUGAUUUGUAUAUAAAGAUUUUGUUUUGCAUUGUACAUUCUCUCUUCUCUUGGUUAUAGAUUAAUAUAUACAUGUAUAUAUGAAUAAACAUUAAGUUUGUAAAGUUAAAAUAA